AUGCAACAAAUCUUUGAUAACAAGAAUUUUAUUCCUAUAGCGAUAGUGGCCUGUAUUAUAGGCGUAGCCUUACAUGUGGUGGGUAUGAUAGGUGCUUACCUGGAGCACUACGGACUAUCUAUAAGUUACGCUGUUUUACUGACCCUGAGUACAAUAAUCUUGAUUAUCAGCUGCUUCAGAGAUAAAUUCAAUAUAAUCUGGCUCGUAUUUGCAGUGGCUUUCACAUUAUUGGCCUAUUCAUUUGCUGUAGAUUGUCGUGUUCAAACUAUAAUGCACCCGGUAUAUGAUGACAUCACAAAUAAUGGCCAGGAUGUUCCAAGGAAAGGCAGUAAUUUUAAUAAUUAUCAUUCUAAA